UUCGGUUUCGUGUAUAGAGGUUGUCCUCUUCCACCCCAAAAGAAAACGCAGAAAAGAGCAUGGCUACGAAAAUUUUCAACCGUGCAUCUACUUAGUUCUAAUUUAGUGCUAGUCGAAAUACCAUCUUCUCCUCUCGCCUAAGAAGUGGGUCAAGUAAGAUCCUCAGUUGACAAUAGGAAACGAAAAUAGCGCGGCUCCUCAGACGAAAUUUAUCACUGCCAGGAUAAUGCAGUGUUGUUGGGCGUAAUUAGGGCCAUCGUUUCCCAGAAUUACCAUAUCUUGUGUGGCUGGAAAAUAUUGAAUUGGGACAAGUGCCAAAUACCGUUACGGUGUGAUGGAUUUCGAGUGAAUUGACCGGUGGCUUUACCUAUGUGUGUCGAAUGAAUUUAUAGUGAUGUUACUGAAAUGAAUCAAUUGCGCAAGACGAAAAUGCUAGUUUUAAAAAUUGAGAUCGUGUUUGAUUUUGCCAUUGCUGACAAGUGAUUGAGCAAAUAAAUGUUCGGUCAUAAAUUGUAUGCAGUUUCAAGCGAAAGGCAUAAGUGACAAGUGUCUUGCUGGAAAAGUGUGUUUACCUCGACGGUGUACGGCGAAUACUCAAGUGUUUUGCGCAUUGUACCUAGCACAAGAAAAUAGUUUAAUCAUAAAUUCCACAUUCUCCACACUCAAGUGUUUCGACAAAAUGUUCCACCUAAUUAAUUCCAGCAGUAACAUUUGCUAUCGAAGAAACUGUUUCAACGGCCGAAGGAAAUACUUCACAAUGCUGCUCAUUUUUCUGCUCUAUAUGGUAUCCCAGGUGCAGUCGUGCGGUCCCGGCCGCGGAAUCGGAGGCCCCCGAAGAACCCGAAAACUUCUGCCGCUGGUGUUCAAACAGCACGUGCCUAACGUGAGUGAAAAUUCACUGGGUGCUUCCGGUAUGCAGGAAGGAUCCAUUUCCAGAAAUGACACCAAGUUUCGCAAUCUGGAAACCAACUACAACAAAGAUAUUAUCUUCAAGGAUGAAGAGGGUACCGGCGCUGAUCGCGUCAUGACGCAGCGCUGCAAGGAAAAGCUCAACAUCUUGGCCGUGUCUGUCAUGAACCAGUGGCCCGGUCUACGGCUGAUGGUUACCGAAGGGUGGGACGAGGACCAUAUGCAUGCUCGAGAGUCGCUUCACUAUGAGGGCCGAGCGGUGGAUAUUAUGACAUCGGAUAAGGACCGCUCGAAGAUUGGAAUGCUAGCGAGGUUGGCCGUCGAAGCGGGCUUCGAUUGGGUGUACUAUGAAAGCCGCAGCCAUAUACACUGCUCCGUCAAGUCAGAUUCAUCCCAAUCCAAUCACGCCAGCGGAUGCUUCACUGGGGAAAGUACGGUGCUAACAGUUAGCGGCGAAAAACGAAAACUAAGUGAGCUUCAGGUUGGAGAAAAAGUAUUGAGUGUGGACAGCUCCGGAAACACCGUUUACAGUGAAGUGAUGAUGUUCAUGGACAGAGACACCCUCCAGAGUCGAGAAUUUGUGCACAUUGUUGCCGAAGAUGGAGCGCAACUGACCGUCACCCCUGCCCAUCUCGUGAUGAUUUGGCAGAAAGAACUCGGUCAAGUACGCUACUUUUUUGCUGAUCGAAUCCAAGAAGGUGACUACAUCCUGGUGAAUAUCGACAGUACCUUGGAACCGCGAAGGGUGCUGCGGAUAUCUGCCAAACUGUCACAGGGGGUCUACGCUCCGUUGACUAGAGAGGGUACCGUGGUGGUCGACUCAAUUGCUGCCUCUUGCUACGCACUCAUCGACAGCCAGACAGUGGCACAUCUCAGUUUCCUACCAUACAGAGUGGUACGAAAAAUAAUGAAUCUUUUCAAAUUUAGCAGUCAAAGUGACAGUUUAAGCUUGCCUCGACACGAAGGCAUUCAUUGGUAUGCCAAAUCACUAUACGCAAUCAAGGACUACGUGCUACCGGCAAACUGGCUUUAUCAUUAGUAGACCAAGGCGAUGUCCGCUUGGGAAACAAACUGUGGUCUAAUUGUGUACAUUUUGUAAAUUAUUGUUUACACAUAAACAGAUUCAUUUCGAAAAAUUAAAGAAAGGAAACGCGACCGUAUGUGAGAUUUACUUAAAUUAUAUGUGAAUGAAUGAGACUACGCGAAAGUAAGGAACCCCUCACAAUGUUAUUGAAAGCGUUGGCGGGAAAGGUAAAGUAAUAGAAUUUGCUUAGCAACCUUCGGAAUGUUUGUGAAACGCUCCUUGAUAUUUAAAGACAACAAAUCUUGACAAAAACAGCGGUUAAGUUUAUAUCCUUUAUCAGUAACGACGUCUAGUUUUUGUAAGUAGGCCCAAUACUAUAAAUAAUUUAUUCUAACUGUAAAAAGCUUUCAACCUAACUAAUUUUGUAAAUCUUGAUCCAAAAAUAUAUUUGUUAAUACUGUUUGAGAGAAUUCGGCCAGUGAAUCAUCUGUUUUUCUUUCCAAGUGGAACGACAUGAAAGAGCCCUUUAGUUGUCGCAUCUAAAAACAAUUAUUUAUUAAGUAGAAUUAUGUAACUACAAGAAAAGUGAUAUCUAAUUAUAGUUUGAAUGUAACUGAAUAUUAUUUAUAAACAAAUAGUAACUCAAAGCUCUCGUGUGAAACGUAAUCGAAUGGAACAAGUCAGAACUUGCCUGGCUUGCGAUUUUUCAGUACUUGAAACAUUUCAUAAAGCUACGAAAAACGAAUUCACUUUAAGCUUCGACCAACGUAGGGUGAAAUAUUUCUAAGCGAAGACACAAACGCACAAACGAACGAAAGUCGAGGGAUAGAAUGAAUGACUACUUAUACAAACUGAAACCGUGCAUUCCUCUGGCGGAAAAUGUUUUAAUCUGCCAUUUUAACAAACAAACUACAUUUUGUAAAUAUAUCAAAAUACGAAACUACUGACUUCAGUAUGAUGAGUUGUAAUAA